GUGAUGCUUACAGCUGAGUCACUCAUCUCUGGAUAUAUAAGACCUCGUGUACGGAUCACUGCACAGUACCUCAACUGUUGACACAAUGAAUACGAUCCUUUGCUUCGGACUCGUGCUUUGCGCUACAUUAGCGCUAACAUCGGCCUAUCCUGCCGAAAAGGCCCCCGAGGCCCCUAAAACUCCCGCGCUAGGGCAGGAGGCCGCUCCCGCGGUCGAAGCGGCAGAAGAGCUACAGCCCGAAGAGACCCGCUGGGGGCACGGUGGCGGCGGCGGGGGCCACGGCGGCGGCGGCUGGGGACGAGGAGGUGGAUGGGGCCACGGAGGAGGAUGGGGCGGCGGCGGGGGCUUCGGAGGGGGCCACGGAGGAUGGGGGCGCGGCGGGGGCCACGGGCAUGGAGGGUGGGGCCGUUAA